UCCGGAGCCCAGGAAACAUACGGUGAGAUAGGCAUUUGACUUUUUAUAUGCGAAAUGCGGGUAGAUUCGUCUCAGUUUAGUCGAUUUUUUCCCGAUACUGCGAGGGUAGGCGCGCAAAGCUAUAAAUAGAAUGCGCCUACGCGUUGUGACUCAGUUGGCGUUUUGACUUCGUCGUGUGCAGAUGCGCGAGCGCAAUGCAAUUUACAUCAAAUUCGUCCAGCGAAGAUGGCGAGGAAUACGUGCCGCCGCGAAAAAAUCCACGGCUCGAAGAAGAAUCACCACGUGCUCCACCGCCGGUGGAAGCUAACGUCAUGAUACGCUCGGUCGUGCAAAGAGUGAACGAACAGCUACCACCACGUGCUCCGUCAACAUCGAGGUCCACAGCGGACGAUAGAUUCGAAUUAUUAGCGCGGGAAGUCGCUAGUAUUAAAAGUAUUUUGGCACGCACCGUGCAAGCUCCACCUGUCGUGCCUGCGGAACACGCGCCAGCAAAGCCAGCGACCACGUUUGCGGUGCUCGAUGACCUUGUCCCGCCCGCUGCACCGCUCUCGCCCGACCCCAAACUAGAGACGCCGCAGACUGUGAUAGCUGAUGUCACUAAACAAGCGGACCCCUCACGGCUUGCCAUAGUCGAUACUUUGCAGCAUUUUAAUGACCCUGAUUGGGCGAAUAUUCGCUAUGCCGACACGCAGAAAAAAUAUUUAGCAUCUCCAGCGUUCACUUAUCUUGAACUGAAUGAUGAAUUGACUCCUUUCGAGUUGAAGCCAUACUUACAUAGGUCUCUGGACCAAACCUUUGGCAUAUUAACCAACAUGCUGCUCGCACAGCGCGAAGCGGUACAAGUUGCUAUGAAAAAUAUCUUAUCAUUACCCGGCGCACCGCCGGAGCUACAUGAGAAACUAGUGGCUGCCUUCUCGGCUGGCAGCUCGUAUGCCGAGGUAUCCAAGGACUUACUGCAAGUUGUGUGCGGACGGCGAGCAGCCGUUAUCGAACAACGUCGGGAUCACGUAUUGUCGGCAGUUAAGGACAAAUACCACAAAACUGCUUUGCGGCGCAUACCACCCACACGUGGUCAUCUAUUCCAAAAAGACCAGUUUGCUGACGCUGUUUCCAAGAUGGGAGGAGUUACCAAAGUUUUUCGUCGUCCUUACGAAUCCGCUGAGGGUCGAUACUGUGCAGCUGCCAGGCAGGCUCCUGCCGUUUCACCAACGCAGACAUUUCGUGGCACCGCCGGCGGCGCUGGCGCCGCCAACACCCGCUACCGCGCAGCAGCGGCACGCGGCCGGGGGGCCGGUGGCAGGCGCCCCGAAGGAGCGCGAGGACGAGCGCAGCAGCGGAGAGACGAGCGCCCCCGACGCUGAGUUCCGCGGUGGCAGAUUGCGACACUUCCGCGCAGCAUGGAGUGACAGAGGCGCGCCAGCGCACAUUUUGGAUAUAAUCAACGGGUCCACUGAACACGAUAGCGGACAGCCUCUCAAGAUUCGAAAAACUUCCCGAGUGGCACCUCAUUCCAACGGCAUGCAACGUACUCUUCACGAAGUGGGGCACCCCGUGCAUCGACCUGUUCGCGUCGCACAGCGCGCACGUAGUCCCUCUAUACGUGAGCAGAGACCUGCGCGACCCGCACGCAGUUCAUUACGACGCGUUCAGCCGGGACUGGAGCUACAGCCUGGCUUGGGUGUUUCCCCCUCCUUGCCUGAUGCCACAAGUCUUGCUGGCACUCAACCAAGCACGAGGCAGGUUCAUAAUAAUUUGCCCACAAUGGUCAAACGUACCGUGGAGAGCCGAUCUCAAACCGAGGGCGCUGAGCUCUCCAUAUACCAUCCGACACCUACAUCGGUCAUUAAUAGACACAAGGACAGGCCUGCCACCCCCUCAGGUGGACAAGUUAAAAUUGGAGGCAUGGCUGGUACAGGGUGGGAUGACCUAUUACAGGACUGGUCACCCACGAAGAGAUCUCUUAUAGAGGCAAGUUGGCGCCCCUCUACUUUAAAAACCUACCGACAGGCUUGGACAAAGUGGAUCACUUGGUGUGAGAACACAGGAAUUAAUCGCAAAGAUCCUGGUGUCGGCAGUGUGGCGAGCUACUUAGCCUAUUUGCAUAGCGAAGUUGGUCUCGGAUAUAGGACAAUAUUGAUCCACAAAACGGUGGUGACUAACUUCUGUAACCCACAACUUGCAACGGUUUUGGGCUCUCAUCCUCUGAUAAAGCAUACACUGAAAGGCAUUGCUAACACAUCAAACACUAGAUCAAAGGUUAAGCCACCUGUUUGGAACCCCCAGAUUCUGGUUGACUGGCUUAUUAAAAAUAAUCCACACAAAGAAACCUUAUUUGAAAUUUCUCGAAGAUGUGCUAUCUUACUGCUACUAGCAUCGGGCCGCCGGGUUCACGACCUCACUCUCCUUUCAGUCGCAGAAGGUCACAUCGAAUGCGGAACCGAUUAUAUCACACUUUGGCCGAUAUUCGGAUCCAAAACGGACUCAUUGACACACCGUCAGUCAGGAUGGCGACUCACUGCUGGUGCCCACAUCAACAUCGACCCUGUGCACUGGCUGCAGAAGCUGGUGUCGGCUGGGGCCGCGCGGCGUCGGCCCUACUGCGGCAGCCUGUUCGUGGCCACGUGCGGCGAGCCGCGCGCCGCCAGCCGCGCUGUCAUCGCCGGCUGGGUGCGCACCGUGUUGCGGGAUGCCGGUAUCGAUGAGUCACCGGGCUCGCUUCGCUCCGCUGUAGCAUCCCUUAAUUGGGCUGAGGAGGUCCCGAUUGACGAAAUACUUGCGAGAGGUAAUUGGGCUUCAGAAAACACGCUAGCAAAAUUUUAUAGAAGAUCGUUAGCCCAACCUCUGUCAAGUGUCCCGUCUGUCGCUUCAUGUUUUCAACCCAUCUAAAUUGUUUGUUUUCGUACAUAAUUGAUCUCUAGUACAGAUCUCAAUUAGUUAUAGUGAGAAGCACUGUUAUGUUAUUACACUUAAUUAAUGAAUAAAUAUGCAUUGAUCA